UGCGGAGAUCCCCGAGCGACUGGCGGAAGGGGAAUCCGACAACCGGAACCAGCAGAAGAUGGAGAUGAAGGUGUGGGAUCCGGACAACCCUCUGACCGACCGGCAGAUCGACCAGUUCCUGGUGGUGGCUCGGGCGGUGGGCACCUUCGCACGAGCCCUCGACUGCAGCAGCUCCAUCCGUCAGCCCAGCCUUCAUAUGAGUGGGGCGGCUUCUCGGGAUAUCACGCUGUUUCACGCAAUGGAUACCCUGCAGCGUAAUGGCUACGACUUAGCCAAGGCGAUGUCGACUUUGGUGCCCCAGGGCGGGCCUGUGCUGUGCCGGGACGAGAUGGAGGAAUGGUCGGCUUCCGAGGCCAUGCUGUUUGAGGAGGCCCUGGAGAAAUACGGCAAGGACUUCAACGACAUUCGGCAGGACUUUCUCCCUUGGAAGUCCCUGGCCAGCAUCGUGCAGUUCUACUACAUGUGGAAAACCACAGACCGAUACAUCCAGCAGAAACGGUUGAAAGCGGCGGAAGCUGACAGCAAAUUGAAACAAGUCUACAUCCCAACCUAUACAAAACCGAAUCCGAACCAAAUCAUCUCGGUGGGCUCCAAGCCAGGAAUGAACGGCGCCGGCUUCCAGAAAGGUCUCACCUGUGAGAGUUGCCACACCACCCAGUCAGCCCAGUGGUAUGCCUGGGGCCCCCCCAAUAUGCAGUGCCGUCUCUGCGCCUCUUGCUGGAUCUACUGGAAGAAAUACGGGGGCCUCAAGACGCCAACGCAGCUGGAAGGAGCUGCCCGUAGCAUCACAGAGCCCCACUCUCGGGGCCACACGUCUCGGCCGGAAGCCCAGAGCCUCUCCCCGUACACCACCAGCGCCAACCGGGCCAAGUUGCUGGCGAAAAACCGGCAGACUUUCCUUCUUCAGACCACCAAACUGACCCGCAUCGCGCGGCGCAUGUGCCGGGAUAUCUUGCAGCCGCGGAGGGCCGCCCGGCGACCUUACGCGCCCAUCAACUCCAACGCCAUCAAGGCUGAGUGCUCAAUCCGGCUUCCCAAGGCAGCCAAGACGCCCCUGAAAAUCCACCCUCUGGUCCGUCUUCCUCUGGCCACCAUUAUCAAGGAGCUGGCCGCCCAGGCGCCCCUCAAACCCCGAACUCCUCGCGGCACCAAGACGCCCAUCAACAGGAAUCAGCUGACCCCAAACCGAGGGCUGGCUGGCAUCGUGAGCAAACGGACUUUCGAGAACGUGGCAGGGGGCGGGCUCCCCUUCUCGGCCAACGGACGGCCCCUAACGUCCGGCAUGAGGUCAAGCAGUCAGCCUGCCCUGAAACGUCAGAAGCUGAACCCGGCCGACGCCCCCAAUCCUGUGGUGUUUGUGGCGACCAAGGACACCAGAGCCCUUCGCAAGGCCCUGAGCCACCUGGAGAUGCGCCGGGCUGCUCGCCGUCCCAACCUGCCGGUGAAGGUGAAGUCAGUCCUGCCGCUCAGGCCUCUGGGGGCUCCCCUGUUGCCCGUCCCCCCAGUCCAUCCUGCCAGCACCAGCGAACCCAUCAUCCUGGAAGACUGAGUGCUGAGCUCCUCUCGCAGCCCCUCUAGGAAUCCGCUAGCCACCUCUGCCCAGCCCCUCGAAAUCCACGCCGGAGGGCCCUUUCCGUCGCCAAGCACUUCGCUGGUUACGGGCCGGGAGGGUUUGGUGGUUGGGGGGGGGCGGGCCUGCCUGCCCCCUCUUCCCCCCCUCCCCCGGGGUUGGAUCCUGGGGGGGGCGGGCGGUCUCCCACCCUCUCUUUUUUAUAUAUAAAUAUAUUUUUAAUUUCCACAUUUUACAUUUGUACUCCCCUUCCCCUCCCUUCCCCUCCCUCCCUUUCUCUGCUCCUCGCUGAUCUGAAUGCACAAAGUCGCGCCUGCGUCCGUAAUUUUUUUUUUUUUGGUUUUUUUUUUUUUUUUUUUUUAGGGGCGCCUUCAUUUUUCGCCUUCCUCCUCGUUUAGGGACGAGGGAGGUGGGGGCGACGUUAAGAGAGGCGUGGGGUGGGGAGGGACCGUUUCGAAACGGCGUUCCUUUUCCACCGGAUCUCUCUCUUUUUCCCCCCCCCUCCCCUUUCUCGGUGUCGUUUUCUCUUCCUCGCAUCCCCUAAAACCUCCUCUCUUCUCUUCCUCCUCCCUCCCCAAUUUGGGAACAAGGAGCCCCCUCCUCUCUUUUCCCCCCUCCCUCCCCUUCUCAGCCUUUGACGAAUUCCCUUUUUUUUGUACAUGGUUUUGGAGAGCAAAAAAAAAAAAAUGUCAGGUUUUUUUAAAGUCGGUCUCUAACUGGUUCUUAUAGCGACGACAACGAAAAAAAAUAAAUAAAUGAAUAAAUGCCGUUUUCUUCA